CUUUGUGAUAGCGCGGCAUAUGAACUUGGCGGUGACUCAAGGUCACGUUUGUCAGAAAUGGAUAAAAGUUCUACUUCUCAGGGUCGGGUUCGUUACAAAAGUCUCAGUGGCGAGAAGUAUAUGGUUGUAUGGGAUAAUAGCAAGGGUGCUGAAACUCCAUCCUCAUUUCUACAUGUCGAAGAACUAUCUGAUCCAGAUAAAGCUUACAGAAUAUUUUUAAAAAAUCAUACCUGUUAUGAUUUAAUUCCAUUGAGUGCUAAACUUGUGGUUUUUGAUGUCACCUUAAAUGUGAAAAAAGCAUUUUUUGCUCUAGUUUAUAAUGGUGUACGUGUUGCUAUCUUAUGGGAUUCAAUUGAACAAAAACAUAUUGGCAUGUUAACAAUUACCGAUUUCAUCCGCAUCUUACAUCAGUAUUAUCGUUCACCAGAUCAACCAAUGACUGAGUUAGAAAAACAUCAGAUUAAAACAUGGAGAGAUCAAUUAACAGAAUACCAGCGUUCAUUGGUUUACAUCACUCCUGAAAAUACUCUACUAGAUGCUGUCCGUAUGCUACUCAAGCAUAGAGUACAUCGUCUACCGGUGAUUGAUCCUGCCAGUGGGAAUCCUUUACAUAUAUUGACGCAUAAACGUGUUCUUAAGUAUCUGCAUAUUCAUAUAUCUGAAUUACCAACGCCUUCUUUUAUGCUGAAAAAGUUACGUGAUUUAAAUCUUGGUACAAUGAAAAAUGUUUGUAUUGUUCAACAGAACUGUCCAGUGCAUAAGGCGCUACAGCAUUUUAUUGAUCAUGGAGUUUCAGCCCUGCCUGUUGUCGACCAAGAUGGACAACUAGUGGAUAUCUAUGCAAAAUUUGAUGUCAUUAAUUUGGCAGCUACAAGGACAUAUCAAAAUUUAGACAUUACAGUAUAUGAAGCUUUAAAUUAUCGACGUGGAAAAUUCCAAGGUGUUGCCACAUGCCAAAUGGAUGAUACUUUAGAAAUGAUUGUGAAUAAAAUUGUCGAUGCUGGGGUACAUCGUCUUGUAGUAGUUGCUGAAAAUAAAGUAUUAGGCAUUGUAUCGCUAUCUGAUAUUCUACGAUUUUUAAUUGCUGAACCAACAUUAGUCAAUAAGGCGGCGAAAUCACUAUUAACACCGUGAAUACAAUGGGGGGACACUCACUCACGCACACAAACACACACAUGCACGUACACACGCUCACGUACAUGUUUUGUAUACUGUAGUGUAGAGCUCAACGAUUAACGAUAAUGACGAUAAUAACAACACGAUAUUUUCUCUCUCUCUCUCUCUUUCUCAGUGUGUACUCAUCUGCUUCCGCUUUCCACUCCACAACCCUCCCCCCCACGAUCAACACCCUUUCCUCUGCUCAUGAAGGCCUCACUGCAUCCCCUAAUUUACACAGUGACUAUCGCAAUCAGCAUUACCACCCGUCUUCUUCUAUAUGUUUAAUGGAAGUGGGUGUUUAUGUUUUCUUUAAAUAUUGUCCCUUCAUGAUCAUUCGACCUCCAUCUGAACACGCCCAUUUUUUUCUAACUUUGCAAUUGUUUUUUUUUCUGUACACAGUUUAUAUUUAUUUAUUUAUUCAUAUUAUUUGGCGCCCGCCCCUCAUUUUUCCCAGCUAACUUACUUACUUUACAUGCGUUUUUUAUCGAAUCCUCUAUUGGUUACCUAGGCAACUUCAGCUGACAGAGAGGCGAAGAAAAAACUGCGCUUUUUUAAAAUUAUAUCUUAAAAUACUUCUUUGUAAAUUACACUUUAUUCUCCUAAUAAUAAUAUUUAUAAUAAUAAUAAUAAUCAGGGGUUAUAAUUUAUUGGUAAUCGAUAAAAAAAAUGUCUAUUAU